GGCCGCCGCCGCCGCCACCCGCGUCCCUCCGCCUCCCGAGGCCCGGGGCAGCCUCCGCGGGCCGCGCCGGGGCCGCCCCGCACUGCGCAUGAGCGGGAGCCCGGCGAGCCCGUGAGAGGAGCCGUCGCCGCCGCCGCCGUCCAUUCGCUGCGGAGCCGGAGGAGGAGGGGAGAGGCCUGGAGGACACCAACAUGAACAAGUUGAAAUCAUCGCAGAAGGAUAAAGUUCGUCAGUUUAUGAUCUUCACACAAUCUAGUGAAAAAACAGCAGUAAGUUGUCUUUCUCAAAAUGACUGGAAGUUAGAUGUUGCAACAGAUAAUUUUUUCCAAAAUCCUGAACUUUAUAUACGAGAAAGCGUAAAAGGAUCAUUGGACAGGAAGAAGUUAGAACAACUAUACAAUAGAUACAAAGAUCCUCAAGAUGAAAAUAAAAUUGGAAUAGAUGGUAUACAGCAGUUCUGUGAUGACCUGGCACUUGAUCCAGCCAGCAUUAGUGUGUUGAUCAUUGCAUGGAAGUUCAGAGCAGCAACACAGUGUGAGUUCUCCAAACAGGAGUUCAUGGAUGGCAUGACAGAACUAGGAUGUGACAGCAUAGAAAAACUAAAGGCCCAAAUACCCAAGAUGGAACAAGAAUUGAAAGAACCAGGACGAUUUAAGGAUUUUUACCAGUUUACUUUUAAUUUUGCAAAGAAUCCAGGACAAAAAGGAUUAGAUCUAGAAAUGGCCAUUGCAUACUGGAACUUAGUGCUUAAUGGAAGAUUUAAAUUCUUAGACUUAUGGAAUAAAUUUUUGUUGGAACAUCAUAAACGAUCAAUACCAAAAGAUACUUGGAACCUUCUUUUAGACUUCAGUACAAUGAUUGCCGAUGACAUGUCUAAUUAUGAUGAAGAAGGAGCAUGGCCUGUUCUUAUUGAUGACUUUGUGGAAUUUGCACGCCCUCAAAUUGCUGGGACAAAAAGUACAACAGUGUAGCACUAAAGGAACCUUCUAGAAUGUACAUAGUCUGUACAAUAAAUACAACGGAAAAUUGCACAGUCAAUUUCUGCUGGCUGGACUGAACUGAAGAUCAAUCCUCAUAUUCAAACUGAGGGUUGAGACAAAUCUUUAAGGAUACAUCUUGGACCAUAUCGUAUUUCAUUCUCCUAAUGGUGGUUUGGGCUUGUCUUCUAGUCUGGGCCGCUCUAAACAUUUAUAAUUCCAACAUUGUGGAUUUCAUCUUAUAUCUGUGGACCAUCCUAGUUUGUUUUCCCAUAAGUCUUAGAAGCUUUAUGGUGAUUAUUUUGAGGUUUCCAUUCUUGCAUAAAGCACAAUGCUGUCUUCAUCAGAAAAGUUUGGCAUAAGAAUUAAACAUAAUGAACAUCACAAACAAUUUAUAAAAACUUCUUAAAUAUAUGCUUUGGGCUAGUUGCAAAGACUAUGCUGAUAGCACUUCCAGUGAGAGUGAUAUAUUUAAGUGUACUGAAUCUGGAAUGGUGUUUUUGUUUGGGGGGGGGGGGGGAUUUAAUUUUUUCCUGGCAAAUCACAUGUAUCAUUGAUAUGAGUAGACUAUCUGAUGAAAGAAAUGUCAAAACGAGAAAAUUUUUUAGGAUACUUGGUGCCUAUCCAAAAGAUGUAUUGUGUUUUAGACUCUUGAUUCCGAAAAGGUUCCACAGAACUAGUCUGCACUUACCUUUACCUAGGUGGUCCUACAGGGAGCUUUUAUUUAGAAAACAUCUGCAUAAUGCUAGAUCACACUCUGGUCUACAUUAUGCACUAUGUAAUUGGAUUUCAUUAUGCUUUUGAAAUACUAUAUGCCUAUCAGAUACGUUAAACUAUUUAAUUUGUUUUGAAUGUUUUGGAUUGCUCCACAAUACAAUGUUCUAAAUUUAGGCAUGAGGGUUUAUUUUUUGCUUUUUCCUUCUUUUUGGUCAUCGCACUAUGGAAUACAAAUGAAAUUCUCUUAAUUUAUAAAAAGAUAGUAGGAAUUAAAUUUUGGAAAUGGUUGUGAUGAGCCAUGAAGUUCAAUCUUUAUAAUAUAGGUACUGCUCUUUCAGACAAGUAGUCCAUUUUUGAUGACUUGUUAUUUUGUUGAAAUUGCUUUAACUUCUAAAUCACUGUGGUUGCCAAAUAUUUAAAAACUUCAAGAGCAAAGAUUUUCAACCAUCCAUAUACUUUAUGCAGAAUACCAAUCUGGCUUUUAUUUUUGUAAAUUAUUUAAUCUUUUUUUUUCUUUCAAAUUAGCUCAGUUUUCACAUUAAAGCAGUAUGCUCUCUUGUAUUUAUUUUGCUCGUUACAAGGCCCAUGCACUGCUUUCCUGCUGAAAACACCCAUUUGUGUUUACCUACAUGUGAAGGCUUUAAUUACUUUCUUAAAUGUUUUGAUAAGGCAAGUUAAAGAUGAUGAGCUUAAAUUUUAGAUGACCAUGGCCAUUAUAGUAGAAAAAGAUUUUCCUUGGUGUAUCUUGGUACUGACAGUCUAGUAUUGAUAUUAACAAAAGAUGUACUUCAGAGUAGCAGUGCAUUUUAUACAAGAAUAUGUGUUUAAGAAACAAUGACAUACUAAAACUUGGAUUUACUGAUUUGAAAUUGAUAAGAAGUCUCAUCCGCCUAGAUAUUAUGUUAAUAUUCCAAUUAUAACUUCAAGGAUACAGUUCUACCAAGAGAAAAAUUUGAAAAUUUUAUUUGGUGAAAAGAAUUAUUAGAAAAAGCAAAAAAGAAGAAUCCUGCUGUUUUCUUGAUUUCAUUGUAACUAUGAAGAGGAACUUCAAUUAUGAAAAAAAAUUCAAGAGAUAUUUUACUGUAUUGUUUCCUGUCUUGAAGAUUUUGAAUUAUGAUAUUGUUUUCAGAUUAUUCAAGUAUGCUGUGUUUGAAAUGAGAUUUCAUUAACUUUUUUUCGACAAUAUAAUUUUUUUCCAUAAAAAUUGGAUAUUGGUUGUGUGGCCUAGUGCCUUGAGUUUUACAAAUAUUUCCUUUUAAAUGCAAGACCUUUUCAACAAAAUAGUGUUUGUCAUCAGUAUGGUACUAAACAUUUAUAAUUACUGUGUAAUUAUAAACAAAAAUACAUAAAGCUUUGAAUAUAAUUAUGUAGCAUAAAAGUUAAGGUUGUUCACUAUGAUGGCAUCUUAGAAUUAAAACUAUUACUAGGGCUGAAAAGAGAAAACUGAUUUAAUAUGGUGUGAUUAUUCUGAGGAUAAAUGGUUAUAGAUAAUGUUUUGUACUGAAAAAAGCUUACACAUGAUUCUGUGUGUGUGUGUGUGUGUGCGUGUGCGUGCAUGCGCGCAUGUGUGCGCGUCUAAGAGAAAGACACACACUCGACUUGAAUGCUUUAAUUCACAAGCAUUUCAGUCUUCAUUCUGGUCAACUUCCCAUGCUGAUCUCUGUUUCAAACUGAACCACAGGUACAGUUUCCUUUUUUGCCAAAUGUCAGAACAAGUACCCAUUUUAAAAUGUAAUGCUUUUUAAAUAGUAAAAUGUAUAAAAUUAGAAGUACCCACAUAUAAAAAUAUUUGAGAUCAAGGUUAUCUUUAGUGAAUAUCACCUGCAUAUAUCUGUAAGUUCAACUGUGUUUCUUAAAAUCCCUGUCAUAUUACCAACAGAGGCAAUAAAAGCUUCAGUGAAAUUGC